GAAAUGUACGCAUUGUGGAUCUCUCCAAAUGUCCAAAUGUACAUUUUGGUGCAGUAAUUUUAUGGAUGAAGUGGACAUUUCCAGAAUUGAGGACGUUCAUAGCUUCCUAUUGUUUACUCUUUCAGUUUGAAGAUUUGCAGUGUUUGUUACUGAGAUGCCCAUGGAUUAAUGAAAUCAAUUUGAGUAUUGAUACAAGCGUUAUACUAUCCAAGUACUCGAUUAUAUCUUCUAGAUCUGAAGUACGGCGUGACGUGAAUCGAAAUCUAUCUAGCUAUUACAUGCAAAGUGGAUUAUAUGGGACCUCAGGAAACCCAGUUUUCUCAAAUAUAUCAAAAUUGAUACUGGAAGGCCGAAAUGAUAUUACUGAUAUGAACUUGCUGGAGAUAUCCAUGCUGAAAAGCUCUCUAUGUUAUAUAAACAUUAAACAUUGCACCCUGUUGACAGACGAUGGUAUAUCUACACUACUGUUGAAUUGUAGAAAAAUGCACUCGAUGGUUCUUUCUUAUACAUCGUUUGGAAAUCAUUCAAUUCAAACCCUAUGCUCAUUGGAUCCUUCAGAUAGCUUUUCUUACCAUAAGGAUGAACAUGCUCAUGUUAUGGCAUUUAGGUUGCAAGAAUUGCAUCUGGAAGGCUGUGAAGAUGGUGCUCUCUGCAACUUUGUUGGCUCUUCACUUGAGUAUCUUGAUAUUUCGGAGACUGUGGUUUCUAUGGUCUCAUUGGCACCAGUUAUACGAAGAAACUCUAAUUUGAGCUGCUUGAAAACAGCUGGAUGCCGUAACCUGCUGUUUGAACAGGGUGAGGUACAAUCCACGAGUGGUAACAAGUAUGGCAGGUUUCUUCAGGAGAUAACCAGUACGUGCUAUUUGGAGGAUGUAGAAAUGGGCUGGGCAUUUUGCCCUGUUCGAGUUGAUGACCUCAUUCCUUCUUUUAGUAAAGUAAGGAGGAUGACAGUUGGCCUUGGCACAACAUUACCAGAGAAUAUCCUGCAUGCUCUUCCUGAGAUCUGCCCGUUUCUCGAGUCUUUGGUUCUUAGGUUUCAGGUAAUCUCUGACAGAGUUGUAAGAAAUCUAUUGGAAUCGUCAACAAAUCUUCAGGUGCUCUGCCUGCACUAUUGCCUUGGCAAUUUGACUUCAUUUAGCUUUCAAACAAUGGCACCAGCGUUAAGAAUAUUACGGCUCCAGUGGGUUACUCCAUGGAUCACAAAUGAUGAUCUGACAAUUCUUACACAGAAUUGCAAUUUAGUUGAACUUUUGCUGUCUGGUUGCAAACUCCUUGACUCCAGCUCUCAAGAGAUAAUCUCUUCUGGGUGGCCAAACUUGGCAUGUUUACAACUUGAGGAAUGUGGUCAGAUAACACUUGAUGGGGUUGAUUCUAUUUUAGAUUGUAAAGCUUUGGAAGAAGUCUUACUUAGGCACACCGGUAGAGGUAUUGGAAGAACCAUUAUAACAGAUGCUAUCAGAGAGCUACCGCUCCUAAGGAAGCUGGCGCUGGAUCUCUGCGACGCGUCCGAGGGAGGCUACGACACCCCGAACGUUCCGGAGGGGAAGAUGAUGAGGAGCGUGAGGAUGAGCAGGUGCAAGAAGUCGGUGGCGGCGGCGAGGUCGUGCUUUGGGGAGGCGUCCUCCUCGAGCUCGAACCGGAAGCCGGUGCAGCACAGGGAGACCAUCGUGCUGGAGUGGAGCAGCCGGCAGCUGACGACCACCGUAGUGGAAGAAAGACUCUAGUCGUGUAACGGAACUUCUUUCUUUCUUUGGAGAGAAAGACUGUAGAACAAUUUAUCUUUACUUGCAUAAUCGUCCAAUUAUUUGGCAGAGAAACCGGGAAAAUGGAACAAAAGUGUUUUGUGACGUUGUUUUGAAGGUUUUUAUAGUAAUAUGAAUGGCACGUUUUUUUA